UGCUAGUGAUACUCGUAGUAUAUUAUGCGUGAUGACUAAUGAAAUUCAAGAAUUAACCCAAAAUGAAAAUAACAAUCAUAGCCAAGAAACAUACAAUCAUCAAAAGAUUGUCAUGAAAGAAAAUAUAGUUGGCAAUCUUGACUCACAAGUCAUUUCACUUCGACUAUUCAUUCAAGAAACCUUACGUAGAUUGCGAAUUUCUUGGUUCACUCUUCAAACGGCGUUAUUUUAUCUUUUACGAAUAAAGCAUAAAAUAGCAACACUUGAAAUAGAAAUCACUACUAAACCUGAUAACAAAAGUGAUUCAGCUACCUGUGGUCGUCGAAUGUUUCUUGCAUCUCUUAUAAUAGCAUCGAAAUAUCUUCAAGAUCGAAAUUAUUCCAAUAGUGCUUGGUCAAAGAUAUGUGGUUUAUCCGUAAAAGACAUUAAUGAAAUCGAGAGAC